AUGGCAGACACCCCAGACCGUACGUGGGCAACGGAUGAGCUUCGUCUAAAGUGCAAGGCCUUUCGAAGCGGCGAUCCGACCACGGAACGCUUCGAGAGGGUCCUCGCGUGGGCCACCAAGGCGCCUCGAAAGUUUGGUGCAUUUGAGUACCUCGUAGAGCUGGACUCGAACGAGGUGACGAAGCCCGUUGCAGCGUGGGCGAAGAGGGGCAGAGAGGCGUUGUGGUGCGAUGAAGAUUGGAAGCGCAACGGGAACCUCGAGCGGCUGCAAGCCUGGCAGCCUCCACCGCCGCCCGUGAGGGACGGAUUCAACCUCGUCCGGUACUGGCCGUGCUACAUGGAGGCCUUGCGUCCGUUGCCUCGGGGCAGCGAGAAGCUGCUCGAGCGGGCCAACGACGUAUACCACUUCCUCGCAGGUGCGCAGUGCUAUGACGCCGAGUACAGCGUCGCGGUCAACAAGUACCAGCAUCCAUACGAUACGUUUGUGCUUGCCUCUUGCGUGGUUCACUUCAAGGUCAUCGGGCCCAUCCUCCGCGAGCUCGACGCGAGGGAGGAAACGGACGAUGUCACCAAGAAGCUCAAAGAUCUUCUCGAGAGCUUUUGCGAUGAGCUGAUCAAGGUACGCGAUCGAGUGUCGGACCCAAACCACGAUCCGGACCAGGCCUAG